AUGGAUAAUAAUUACAAUUUAAUAGAAACAUUUCAUCCAGCAGCAACUCUCCUUUGUAAAUUUAAUUAUGGAGUAGUGAUUGUUGGAUCGCCAUAUAGUGGUAAAUCAACCUUGUUGAGAUUGAUCCGAAAGGCUGAUCUUUUGGAUUUGUUAACUGGAAAAGCAAAGCCUUCUUCAUCAUCAUCUCUCGGCUCAUCUGGACCAAUUACUUCACUCAUCACAGGCUUCCCCAUUCCAUCGAAUGAAUCUACCUCGUACGGCUAUCAAUUCCAGCUCAAAGUCUUACAAACUUGUUUAAAGACAAUGCAAUUAAUUUUGAAUGAAUUAAAGCUGAAUCAACAUAAUCAUUCGGUUCAUGGCUAUUCAUCAGCAAGUAACGCAUCAGAAAUGUUGGGAUCUUCAUCUCUCGGAAGUGAAUAUGCUGAUAUUAAGAAUACAUUUGGUAGACAGGUGGAAAUUAUUGAAGAGAAUAGUAUUUGGGAUAGUUUAUUGGAUACUCAUCGAGUGAAUGGAAUGAUUGAUAAUUUGAGUACUGUUUGGAUGAUUCCUGCUAUUAAGAGUACGUAUCAGAGGUUGUUGGAUUGUGGAUACUUUACACCAUUCUUUCAAUUUUCCAAUGAUAAGUAUGGCUAUGCACAAUCAAAUCCAAAUAUUAGAGGAGAGAAUAUUGCUGACUUGUUGGAUAAUUUGAGUUUUAUAAUGAAAAGGCCUAUUACUAUUCAAGGAUCUGAAAAAGAUAUGAAGAAUGGAAGUAUUAAGAUUGUGGAAUAUCUCCUCAAGACCUAUCUCGAGGAUAGGUUCUUUGCACCUGACAUUAGUAAUCCACAAAAUGACAAACACAUUACUGAGAAUAGAGAACAAGGUGUCAAGUAUGGAAAAUUCUCUUGGGGAAUCAAAACAGAGCCCAGAGUGUACAAUCUGGCUCAAUCCUAUCAUACUAAAUCAGCUCCAGUUGUGCUCUUCCUUGUACCCUUAUCUGAUAUUGAUAAGAAGAAGAGCAAGAGGACAACAUUUGUGACUGAUUACCUGGAGAAAUUCUAUACAACACUCACAGAUCCUGGCACUCAAAAAGUACUGGUUUUCACAAAGGCAGAUAUCUUUUCCAAGCGAAUCUCUUCAGGAUCCAUCGAUGUACAAUCCAUAUUCCCAGAUUUUGUUGGAAACAGUACUGAUCCUCUUCGAGUUUUUGAACACUUCUUCAGCAAGUUUUGGAUAUUGUGUAGAAAAUACCAUGAAGUAGUGCCUUACUAUGUGGUCAAUCUAGUUGACAUGGAGGAAAAUGUUCUAUUUUUGAGAGCUUUACUGGAAAGUGGAUCUCCGUAUCAUGGUAAAUCAUUCCUCAGUAAGCAAAUUCUCAAAGCCACAGACAACCUGACCAAGACUAGAUUGAAGUAUCAUAUACAAUCAAAUAUUGGACAUUUCUCUGAUGUUUCAAUUGUAAUAGAUGAAUAA